GCGGGGCAGCGGCUCCUGUCAGCGGGUGAAAUGGCAGUGGCGGAGCCAGCGACGGCCGCGGUCCCCGGGGGUGGCUGAUUGAAAGGGGCCGGGCCGCGGGGUUUGCGGGACCCUCGAGCAGACGUGACCGUGGGUCGGGGCAUCGGACGACGCAGCGCAGGGACAGCGAGGCUCGGCGCGGCGAUGGCGGCGCUCUCGGCGCAGACAGAGCUGUAACCUGGCAUCCCCCUGGCUGAUGAGCCUGCCCACCAUGGCAAGCCCCACUCUGAGCCCGGACUCCUCAUCUCAAGAGGCCCUAUCAGCACCCACCUGCUCCCCAACCUCUGACUCUGAGAAUCUCAGCCCAGAUGAGCUAGAACUACUGGCCAAGCUCGAGGAGCAGAACCGGCUCCUGGAAGCCGACUCCAAGUCCAUGCGCUCCAUGAAUGGCUCCCGAAGGAACAGCGGCUCCUCACUGGUAUCCAGCUCCUCCGCCUCCUCCAACCUGAGCCACCUGGAGGAGGACACGUGGAUUCUCUGGGGCCGAAUUGCCAACGAGUGGGAGGAGUGGCGGCGCAGGAAGGAAAAACUACUCAAGGAGCUGAUCCGAAAGGGCAUCCCACACCACUUUCGGGCCAUCGUCUGGCAGCUCCUGUGCAGUGCCACAGAUAUGCCCGUCAAAAACCAGUACUCUGAGCUCCUCAAGAUGUCCUCCCCGUGUGAGAAACUCAUCAGGAGGGAUAUUGCCCGCACCUACCCAGAGCAUGAAUUCUUCAAAGGCCAGGACAGCCUGGGCCAGGAAGUCCUCUUCAAUGUCAUGAAGGCAUACUCCCUGGUUGAUCGGGAGGUAGGCUACUGCCAGGGCAGUGCCUUCAUUGUGGGCUUACUCCUCAUGCAGAUGCCUGAGGAAGAGGCCUUCUGUGUAUUCGUGCGGCUGAUGCAGGAGUACCGGCUACGGGAGCUCUUCAAGCCCAGCAUGGCCGAGCUGGGACUCUGUAUCUACCAAUUUGAAUACAUGCUACAGGAGCAGCUUCCGGACCUGAAUACCCACUUCCGCUCACAGAGCUUCCACACAUCCAUGUAUGCAUCGUCCUGGUUCCUUACGCUUUUCCUUACCACCUUCCCCCUGCCUGUUGCCACCCGGGUCUUUGAUAUCUUUAUGUAUGAGGGACUGGAGAUUGUGUUCCGAGUAGGCCUUGCCCUGCUGCAAGUGAACCAGACAGAGUUGAUGCAACUGGACAUGGAGGGCAUGUCCCAGUACUUCCAGAGAGUCAUCCCCCACCAGUUUGACAGCUGCCCAGACAAGCUGGUCCUCAAGGCUUAUCAGGUCAAGUACAACCCUAAAAAGAUGAAGAGGCUGGAGAAGGAGUACGCAGCUAUGAAGAGUAAAGAGAUGGAGGAGCAGAUCGAGAUCAAAAGGCUUCGAACAGAGAACCGGCUGCUCAAACAGCGGAUUGAGACCCUAGAGAAGGAGAGCGCGGCCUUGGCUGAUAGGUUAAUCCAGGGGCAGGUGACACGGGCACAGGAGGCUGAGGAGAACUAUGUCAUCAAACGGGAGUUGGCAGUAGUGAGACAACAGUGUAGCUCGACUGCAGAGGACCUUCAGAAAGCACAGAGUACCAUUCGGCAGUUGCAAGAACAGCAGGAAAACCCUCGCCUCACAGAGGACUUUGUGGCCCACCUGGAGACAGAACUGGAGCAGUCACGGUUACGAGAAACAGAGACUCUGGGGGCCCUUCGAGAAAUGCAGGACAAAGUUCUGGACAUGGAAAAGAGAAACAGCUCACUGCCAGAUGAGAACAAUGUAGCCAGGCUGCAGGAGGAACUCAAGGCACUCAAGGUGCGGGAGGGCGAGGCCGUAGCCUCUGCUCGGGAGCUAAAGCUGCAGCUGCAGGAGCUCUCAGACACCUGGCAGGCCCAUCUUUCCCGCGGUGGCCGCUGGAAGGAGUCCCCGCGGAAGUUGGUCCUGGGCGAGUUACAGGACGAGCUCAUGACUGUGCGUUUGCGCGAGGCACAGGCCCUGGCAGAUGGCCGCGAAUGGCGGCAGCGCGUGGUGGAACUGGAGACGCAGGACAACAUUCACCGCAACCUGCUGAACCGUGUGGAAGCAGAACGCGCGGCCCUGCAGGAGAAGUUGCAGUACCUGGCAGCACAGAACAAGGGACUCCAGACUCAGCUCAGCGAAAGCCGCCGCAAGCAGGCAGAGGCUGAGUGCAAGAGUAAGGAGGAGGUGAUGGCUGUUCGCCUUCGGGAGGCAGACAGCAUGGCUGCAGUGGCAGAGAUGAGGCAGCGCAUCGCAGAGCUGGAGAUCCAGAGGGAGGAGGGCCGCAUCCAGGGCCAGCUGAACCACUCGGAUUCAUCGCAGUACAUCCGUGAGCUGAAGGACCAGAUCGAGGAACUCAAGACUGAGGUGCGGUUGCUGAAAGGCCCACCGACAUUCGAGGACCCGCUGGCUUUCGAUGGGCUGAGCCUAACGCGGCACCUGGAUGAGGAUUCGCUACCAUCUUCUGAUGAGGAGCUGCUGGGCGUGGGUGUGGGCGUGGGCGCAGCCCUGCAGGACCCACUCUACCCUCUCUCUCCGCGGGACGCGCGCUUCUUCAGAAGCCUAGAUCGGCCAGCCAAGGACAGCGAAGGUAGCUCAGACAGCGAUGCAGAUGAACUAGCCACUCCUUAUAGCAACCAGGGCCUGGACAACUGAAGCUGGGGGCCCACUCACGGGGAGCCUGGAGGCCCGCAUUGCUGGCAGGGAGAGAUCAGCAGUCCGCGACCUUGCUGCUCCACAGUACUAGGAAUUCUGUGCCUCUGUAACUCCUGCCAACUGAGGGCCAGGUGGAGGAGGCAGCACAGAGGGCAGGGCCUACUGGCAGGCCUGUCCUACAUAGCAGUGUUUAUCCGUGUUAGACCAUAUUGUCCAAGCCCUCCUGAGUUCAAGGGGUGCGUGGGCCAGUUACCUGGAGGGUGUUGCUCUCCUAACAUGGACAAGGGCCGAAAGUGGGGAGGCCCCAGGACUUGUUAAUAAGCAGGAACCUUCCUCCUCCUAGUCAGCUUCCCUUUGGGACAAGGGUGGCCCUGCUGGGUGGGGCCCAGGAACUACAGGUCUGAGGAAGGAGGGGCAACUUGGACUGGAUAUUAGCAUCCCAGGACAGGUUCUCUGGACACAGUGAUAUUGAGCAGCCAGCCCCUUGCCACUGGGGACAGAUGGCCAGGCUGGACUUUUCUGCCUGGUGCAGGCAUCAUGGCCCCUGCAGCAGAAACCAAAGCCCCCCUGCCCAUCCUGUCUGCAGGACAUACCACCUGGGGUGUGAGCGGUCAGGGGGAACCAGCUCAGACCUGGGCAGUCUCUCCCCACUCUCUAGGGCUAUAGAAGCUGCAAAGAAGAAACCCUUUCCCUAGAGCACCCAUCUUCCUCUGGGGAGUACUUAAUAUCACACGUGUUGGCUGGCUGUAGAAGAGAGAACCCCGCUACUUGGGAGUUCUCAGCCUCAGUCCAUUUAUUCCUGUGGAUUUAUUCCACUUAUUCUGGCUAGAGUUUCCCAGUCCGUUCCCUCCCCUUAUCUCCUCAAAGUAUUCCCAUGGUCUCUGCCCAGUCAGAGUUGAGAAUGGUGCCAAAGUCCAUCAAUGCUCCCCAGGCUCCUUUAUCCUUCACCCCACCCCACCCCCCGCAUCUUGGACCCCUGGGGGCUGACCCCUUCUCAGUGCUCCUAGAGCCUCAAGUAGAAUGGUGCCCACAGCAUUCCCUGGGUGCUUCCUGGGUGGGUCCCCCAGCUCAGUUUCCAUUCCUGGUGGCCUGCUCUUCAAGUGUUAAAAAAGCCUGGGGGCUGGAGCAGGGUACCCCUGAGGAGGCCCUCUCGUGUGCUCCUCGUGUGCCCCUCCACACUGCCCACCACCAUUUUGCACACUGCCUGUUCACACUCCAUGUCUCCAAGGCAGAAAAGAUGGAAAAUAAAGUGUAUUUACACAGU